GUCAGCUGACUUGAGCAUAUGAGUCAGGGAGUAAGUUAAAACGGGUACAUUUUAUGUCCAUUACCUGAUCCAAUUGGCCUGUAAAAUACAGAAAAAGCACAAUGCCUGGACGGGGUAAAUUAAUCGCCGUUAUAGGUGACGAAGACACAUGCACCGGAUUUCUGCUCGGAGGGAUCGGAGAGCUAAAUAAAAAUCGAAAACCUAAUUUCUUGGUCGUCGAGAAGGACACCAGCGUCACAGAGAUAGAGGAAACCUUCAAGAGUUUCCUGGCUCGCAAUGACAUUGGGAUCGUUCUUAUCAACCAGUUCAUCGCAGAGAUGAUUCGUCACGCCAUAGAUGCUCAUUUGCAGUCCAUCCCUGCUGUGUUGGAAAUUCCCUCAAAAGAGCAUCCGUAUGACGCGUCAAAAGACUCCAUCCUGCGCAGGGCUAAGGGAAUGUUCUCUGCGGAAGAUUUCCGAUAAGCAGGGGCUCCAGUAAGGUCUUGACAAGGAAGGAGAGAGGAGGCUUGGUAGACAAGUUGUUACGCGGUUAUGGGCACUGGACUGGAAGAGUCUGAUGAUUUGUUGCUGUUUUGUGGAUUGUUCUCCUGGGUCUUGCCUGGAAUAUACUUUAAAUAUGGAAAGCUUCUAUAAAUUUAAAUGUUGUUAAUGUGCAUCUAGUUUAGUGUCAACCUGUCGUUUGAAGCAUGGAAAUGUUUUACCAGUGUUCUCAAACCACACGGCAGUGUGCAAUUUGUAAUUACUGUUAAAUUUUUUCUCCUCAUGAACUAAGUAGAUAUGUUUAGUUAAUUGUUUCAUAACACAUUUGAACUAAAUUUAAAGCUACAGUUACAGAUUUUGAUUUAGCUAAAUUCCACCCAGAUUCAGCCACAUAGGUAGUGCUUUCUCUUUAAUCCAUGCCCCUCAUCUGACCAUUUGUCAAAGCUCCUGAGUCCAAUGAGAUGCAUGUUCAGUGCUUAUGCUGUAUUCAUAACAACUGAGAACUGAAUUUUCUGAUUUCCACAUUAGAGCAUUCACAACUUCAUUCAUAAUCUCAACUGUUUGAAGUGGGGGGAAAUUGACACUCUUGGUGUGCAGUACUUAUUUGGCUACUGUAUGAAAAAAAAACAAAAAACAUUUCAGAUAGCUUUAUAUCUUGUACACAAACACCCAAGAAAGAAGGGCAUAGAUUCAUGUUGGAUACAGUAAUUCAGUGCUAACAGCACUGAGACUGCAAUUUCAGUCUCCAAAUUUCUGUGUUGAAAUUACAAGUUGGCUGGUUCAAGUUGAUUUUUUUUCUUUGAAGUCAAAAGCCUCCCAGUUCCUACUUUGUCAUGAAUGUAGCAUUAGCUUGCCCCUGUUUUUGCUGUGUGCACAUGUGAAAAACAUGUAAAGAAAUUUCCUGACUGGUUAAUACUGCCAGACCCUAUUGCAUUUUUUGUUGCUAACUGCAGCAUGUCACAGACCUCUUUUUUCCUGUACAUCUAUAGGUGCUGGUGUGGGUGAAGCCUCUAACAUUCUUACCAUAGCUGUGCUUCAGCAUUAAUUUGUUGAGUAAAAUCAUACUGACUAUGACACUGACGAUGCAUCCAGUUUUACUUUGUUUGGAUUUUUUCUUUGUGAUAAUUAUUCAAUUUGAUUAUAUGUUUAAACAAAUGUGUUUAAUUUUCAUUAA